AUGGGUGCAGGCGGACGAAUGCAGGUUACUACUUCCUCCAGGAAGUCUGGUACCGAGGCCAUUAAGCGUGUGCCGUGCGAGAAACCGCCGUUCACGCUCGGAGAUCUCAAGAAAGCAAUCCCACCUCAUUGUUUCAAACGCUCAAUCCCUCGCUCUUUCUCCUACCUUAUCUGUGACAUCAUUAUAGCUUCCUGCUUCUACUACGUCGCCACCAGUUACUUCUCCCUCCUCCCUCAGACUCUAUCUUACUUGGCUUGGACUCUAUAUUGGGUCUGUCAAGGAUGUGUCCUAACCGGAGUCUGGGUCAUAGCUCACGAAUGCGGCCAUCACGCUUUCAGCGACUACCAAUUGCUAGACGACAUUGUCGGUCUUACCUUCCAUUCGUUCCUCCUCGUCCCUUACUUCUCCUGGAAAUACAGUCAUCGCCGACACCAUUCCAACACUGGAUCACUCGAAAGAGACGAAGUGUUUGUCCCGAAACAGAAAUCCGCCAUCAAGUGGUACGGCAAAUACCUCAACAACCCUCUGGGACGUACUGUGAUGUUAAUCGUCCAAUUCACCCUUGGCUGGCCCUUGUACUUAGCCUUCAACGUCUCAGGCAGACCGUAUGACGGAUUCGCUUGCCAUUUCCACCCAAACGCUCCCAUCUACAAUGACCGUGAACGCCUCCAGAUAUACAUCUCCGAUGCUGGUAUUCUCGCAGUAUGUUACGGUCUUUACUGUUACGCCGCUGCGCAAGGAAUAGCCUCGAUGUUCUGCGUCUAUGGAGUACCGCUUCUGAUAGUCAACGGGUUCCUCGUCUUGAUCACGUACUUGCAGCACACUCAUCCGUCGUUGCCUCACUACGAUUCAUCAGAGUGGGAUUGGUUCAGGGGAGCUUUGGCUACCGUAGACAGAGACUAUGGAAUCCUGAACAAGGUCUUCCACAACAUCACGGACACUCACGUGGCCCAUCAUCUGUUCUCGACAAUGCCGCAUUAUCAUGCAAUGGAAGCUACAAAAGCGAUAAAGCCGAUACUCGGAGAGUAUUACCAGUUUGAUGGAACACCGGUCUUUAAGGCGAUGUGGAGGGAAGCGAAGGAGUGUAUCUAUGUAGAACCAGACAGGGAAGGUGAGAAGAAAGGUGUGUUCUGGUACAACAAUAAGUUAUGA